AUUCGUAGUUUUGCGCGAUGUUGAGAUUGUGCUAUGAACUGCGCUGAUAGUGUAAAGAAUUUAAAGUUUGUAUCACAAAUUAAGGUAUAAAUAUCGAGUGACUAUUGGAGAAGCGCAUUUGUGAAAUACGUUAUUAAAGAGGGUGAUUUCAAAUUCACCGGCAUGUUUUUGCACAGAAAUGUCAGAGAUCAAGCAUAAAAAUCGAAUUUUAGCUGCAAUAGACCACUUGCGCGCUCGUAAGUCUCGGCCCGACAUAAAUAGAAUUUGCAAGUUUAUGCUAAAGUGUUACAAAGUUACACCCAAAGACACAAAAGCUGAUCUCAAACGUUGCUUGAAAGAAAAAAGCAUAUAUAAAGUUGAUUAUAAGGAUAAUGUAAGUUAUAGGAACGCUGCAAAGUGUAGAAAAAGAUCAGGACAAAAUAACAAAAUGGCCAACAUCGUCGCAACUAGUGAAAGGAGAAUUAUAACAUCCGCAAUUGCAACUCUUAUUUACCAAGAUCAAAGCUUUUUAGAAAAUGGAAUUGCAUUUGAUGAAUUGGUGAAGGCUGCAGCAUCUCAAGAGUCAAAGUACACCAAGAAGCAACUUGAGACUAUUGUGAACAAAGAAUUAGCUUCUGGUAGUUUAGUCAAACUACCCAAUGGCAAUUUGGCCCUGGGCCCUGCUGAUCAUGAUGGAGAUAGUUCUGACAGUUUUAAAUUUGAAUAUAAUGCAGACUCUAAUACAAAGAUGACUUCAUCGGCCAAUUCAUCAUGCAGAUCAUCCCCUCAAAGAACAAGGGGAAGACCAAAGAAACGUGUAGGUGCCUCCAACAAUACCAAUAAGGAAGUACGAAACACUGGAGUCCGUGUUGGUGAAAGACGUAAAAUGGCUAAAAAAGUUUUUGAUCCUUCUGAUAAUAAUUUACCCAGCAAGAAGAAACGAGGAAGACCUGUUGGGUCUUUAAAUAAGAAUACGAUUAAAAAGCACUUGAUUAGAAACAGUAAAUCUGGGAAAGAAGGAUCUCCUGGAACGGACGGGCAACUCUCGGAAGGUAGUGCUGACGAGAUGGAACAAGAUGAAUCAAUAGCUCAUGAAACAUCAGGCGGAGUCUGCUCAGUAUGCCUCGUACAAAAACCCAGAGGGUCGAAUGAUAGAUUGGUUGAAUGCCGAGACUGCAACAAUAAGGCACAUCUGAGCUGUCUUCAGUCAGGAUCUGGUAUCUUAAAGCCACGUCCAGACAACACUUGGCAAUGUCCCCAUUGCAAAACUUGUGUUGUGUGCUGCGAAACAAAUGAUGCUGGUAUAUUGACAGUGUGCAGCAUAUGUUCAGACGCUUACCAUGCUCUGUGUCACGCUCCAAGAAUACCAGAACGUUUAAAAGCCUGGGACCAAUGGGAAUGCAACAAUUGCCUGGAAUCACGUCCUACAGUUGUUGGGUCUCCCGCCAUUAUUCCAAACAUAGAUGACAAUGACCAGGAUUCCUCAACUCCACCAGAACCUGCUAUAGACCCUUUUUUAAAACCGCAUGAGCUGGAUAGAGCACCUUCAAAGGUUCCUGGAGAAGUAUCAUUAGACCAAGACAUUCCUGACAUUACUAACUGGACUACAAAUGAUGUUUAUGAAUAUUUUAAAGAACAUCAUCCUGAAGCUGCACCGAUACUUAAGGAACAGGAGUUUGAUGGUCAAGCCCUAAGCAUGGCAAGGAGAGCAGACAUAGUUCGAGGGCUAGGUUUGCCCCUGGGUCCUGCUCUGGCAUUGUACAGAAUAGUUGUCAAGUUACAAACAAUGAAAGACGAUUGGACUAUGUGUUGGGGCUGAACUUUUCAGUAUACUAGUCUAUUUAUUAAAACUUUUAGGUUUUUUAUAAGGUAUUCAACAUACACAUAGCAAAUAUGUUAUAAGUUUAUUUUAGAAGGUUUACUGGUCAACAUUUUUUUUUAUAAAUUUUCUGUCCCAAUAUAAUAUCAUUGGUUCCAACUAAUCAUCAAUUUUUAAAUUGAUCUAUUUUACUUGAACACGUUGGCACGAAAUUGCGGUGCGAAGAGAAGCCUCUUGUUUAAAUAAUAUUUUGUAUAUGACUGAUACAAAUCCAUUAUUAUAAAUAUCAUAAAUUUAAAGCACUGCCUACUUUCCUAUGAAAAUAAUAUUAUAUAGAUUCUAUAAUCCUGUUAAGACUAUUCCCAAAUACCUAAUUCUUAGCGCGAAAUAAUUUAUAUAUACAAAAUAGGUACCUACAAAACUACAAAUUACCUACUUUUCAACUUAAUCAGCAACAACUUGCAUUGUCAUUCACAAUUCAUUCAUGGUUUUUUUUAAAGUAUUCAAAUUCAUUUAUUCCAAAAUUUACAAAAUGCAUUUAUGAACAAUAAUAAAAUGUAUAACCUAAAGAUCAGCACAUUCAUUCAUUACCUUUGUCACUUCCAUUUCAUGGUUCCCUUACUCUAUGUGGAUAAU